GGAAGCGGAAACUCAGUUGCUUUAUAAAAGUUUACAGAAGUUUGGCAAAUCCAGCUGAGCUGCUCUUCCUGCAUCUGUGUCAGAGAGAAACAAUAAAAGAAAAACACACGCACAAGUUAGUGUCAGAUGAUGGUUAACAUAGCUGUGCAGUAGUGAGACAGCAGCCUUCACUAUGGAGGACUCUGUGGCUGACAGUCAUCCACAUCCUUGGAAAGUUGCCACAGAAAAGAGGAAGGCUUGGGCUAGAAGCAGAGACUCCUGGCAGGCCUCUGAGUCGGUAGAUGUGGCUACAGAGGAGCAGUGUUCUCCAGGCUCUAGAGAAGAAAAACUUCCAGUCUCUGUAGAUCCAGGAGGAAUACCUAAUGAGAAUAUUGCAAUAUGGCUUAAAGAUUGCAGGACACCACUAGGGGCUUCUCUGGAUGAUCAAAAUAACCCAGCACUAAAAGGAACAAUAAAAAAUGGGGGUAGCUUUGAAGAUGACUUGUCGUUGGGAGCAGAAGCUAAUCAUCUUCGUCCAACCAGUAACGAGACAGGGACAACAUGUUUUGGAAUGUUGGCCAAAGACAAACGGAAUUGGUUUCAUCAAAAGGGAAGCAUGAACUCCACUGGCUCUGGGAAGAGUAGCACAACGUUAUCGAGUGUGUCAGAAUUGUUGGAUCUUUACGAAGAAGAUCCGGAGGAAGUCCUGUAUAAUCUUGGGUUUGGCACUGAAGAGCCAGACAUCGCUUCAAAGAUUCCAUCCAGAUUUUUUAAUUCCGCCUCUGGUGCCAGCGGGAUAGAUAUCAAGGUGUAUUUGAAUGCUCAAAUACAGCGUAUGGAGGUGGAGAAUCCAAGUUAUGCUUUGACAAGUCGUUUUCGUCAGAUUGAAGUACUCACGACUGUGGCCAAUGCCUUCUCUUCACUUUAUUCUCAAGUGUCAGGACUACCCCUUCAACAGAUUGGGAAUGGAGCUACACUGCCUUCUGAAAAUGAGGACAAAGAUGUACCUCCUUUCAAAAGAAGUAGCUCUGCAUUGAAUGUUGCUAGCAAAUUAAAGAAAACCAUAUCGAGACUUAAUCUACAUGGAGCUCUGCAACCGGGUACUGAAGUUAAUUCCUCAACCGCUCCUGCAAGUACAGGUAAAGAAAACAAAGCUGUUUUAGGAACAGAGGCCAAUACAGGGAAGGCUGAAGAGAGGAAUGAACAAAAAGCACAGAAACCAUUGAGAAAAAAAGAUUCUCCUUCACUAGAGACAGUAAAGGAAGAGGUGCCUGUUGGCCUGUGUUCCACUUCAGAAAAUGGCUGCCUAGAAUUGAACAAUGUGUCUCGGAUAGAGGGUCAUGGGAAAGUAGGACUGCAUGAUGAAUCUGGUUUUACUGAUUCUUCACUUCUAAACAAGGACUUAAAUGCAUCCACUGAAGGCAAUCUUGAGACCAACUGUGAGCACAAACAGACCGUGACAUCUACACCUGAAAAAGAGCCUUUGUCACAUCUUCAGAAUCCCUUGCUUGCACAUGUGUUUUCACUUCAAAAGGAUUCCUUUGAGAUGGAAGAGAUUCAAAGCAAUGAAGGAGAAACUACAUCCGGAACUCGCACUACUAAUUCUAGAACUGAACAAUUGUUAAGAGCUGUCAGUCAACACUCUGAUAGCAGUGGAUUUGCUGAAGAUCCUUCUGUGGAUUGUGCUUCAAAUAACCAUCUGCAGGUCCAGGAGAGUUAUGAUAGCUGUGACAGUGAGACGACAGUGACGUCAAAUGCUGAAGACAUCAGAACUCCUAUAGCAGUGGACCAGCCUGUCUUUGGGGUGUUACAGGGUAUUGAGGAUGUUCUAAUGCCAUCCACAGAGGAUGCUGCAAGUUCAUCCCUGCCUUCACUAGAUAAGGAUGGCCAAAACAUAGGAGAGACAGAGUCUGUCAAUGUAGAUGUAACUCCUUUGGAUGACCCAAAUAUAAGAGGGACAGAGUCUGCCAAUGAUGAAAUCCCUCCUUAUAUCCUUCACCAGAUCCCUAAAGCUAUGGACUCUGUCUCUCAUCCUACAGAGGAUCAAAGCAUUCCUGCAGGUGAACAAGAUCUACCUUCUACGUCUGACAAAGUGCAAGUUGCUCUUUAUAGAGCCCAGCUGAAGUCCUGUAAUGUGUCAGGUGAAGCUGUAGGUAUGAAGGUUAAAGCAAGGGACCUGCUGGAGGAAAAAAGGAAACUAGAUCUGAGAAGGCAAUCUUUCCUACCUUCAGGGAGAUACCCUCUAGUAAGAUCCCAAUCCUUGCCAACUUCACUGCUCAGCCCCGUUCGUGUUGUGUCGUCUGUUAAAGUCCGCUUAAGUCCCGGAAGUGAAACUCUAUGCAGCCCACCUUCUUUUACUUAUAAAUAUACCCCUGAGGAGGAUGAGGAGUCUAUCGCGGAGGAAGAAGAGCAGUCGACUUGUACGUCAACACUUUUUAUCAGCCCAGCUUCUCAGACAAACCGGUCCAUGCCUGGUUUUGAAAGUGGUAUAGAUGGAGGGUGCAGUAGGAUACAUUCCUGUCCGAUGCACAUGCCUUUACACAUGUCCCAGUCUGCAUGUUCGCUUCACAGUAUUAAUUCAAGUUGCUAUGACCGGCCACUAUCUGAGCAUAUGAGAACGUGGAGUACAAGCAGUGUUCCCAAUCUCCCUCCUUGUGGGUCACAUGGAUUUCCUUAUUCUUGCCAUUAUCCUGCAAAGCCUGUCAUGUAUCCCACCAGACCUCUUCAUUCUCCUUCCACAACAGAAAUGCAGUUGAGGAGAGUACUGCAUGAAAUAAGGAACACCGUGCAAAACCUGGCCCAGAAUCCUACCAUGAGAGGGAAUGAAUCGCCUGCACCCAUGUAUAGUUCUCAAAGAUCAGUCCUGCCUUUGUAUGAAAAUACCUUCCAAGAACUGCAGAUCAUGAGGAAGAGUUUGAAUGUGUUUAGAACUCAGAUGAUGGAUUUGGAGUUAUCUAUGAUGAGACAGCAAACCGAAGUGUACCCCCACUUGACAGAAGAGGAAAGGCAAGAAGCCGAUCAGCUGCAGAGUCUGAGGACUGCGGUGCGCCAGGAGCUGCAGGAGUUGGAGCUGCAGCUGGAGGACCGGCUGCUGACUCUGGAGGAGCAGAUCCGCUCCUCACACCAUGCCUCCCUGUACCGACCACAGGUGACGUUUGGAAUGCAAGGAAGUAGAAGCAUGGAUUGCUUGUCUUGUUCGUCUCCAAUUAAUGUAAUUGAACCAGUCACAGAGCUUCUGCGUGAACAGUUGUAUUUGAAAUCUGAACUUGGCUAUGAGGACCCUGCAAGAGAUUCCUGUAGCAGUGCUACACCUUCUCUGGCCUCGGAAGUUUCUUCAGGCGCCUCCAGCCCUUCUAGAACAAACAGGCAGACCCAGAAACCACACACCCCUGACUGGUCAUCACAGAAAAUGGAACGCUACCAGGCUUCUGUCUCCCUCACACCCUCUGCACCAGUUAGGCCUGGAAUGGUGGACCAUGUUCAUGAUGAAGAGUCGAAGCCAGUAGUGGAAAACCUAAGGGCAGAGCUGACUGCUGCUGCUGCUUUGUCAGCAGAGAAAACUAGAUGUCCUGAGCUGCAGCAGGUUAUAAAGGAGAUCAAGGAAACUCUAGCUGAAGAAAUAAGACGAGAGAUUGUUAAUGAACUUCUCGCAGCUGUGUCUUCUCCAAGUAGGUCGUCUGUGGUUAAAAGGGAGAUGCCAUAAACAUGUUUAACAGUGGCACACAACCCUGUGGAAGAUCCAUCACUUGCAACACUGUUCACUAAUGAAAUGCACUGAUAACAACCAAACUUUUUUUCUUUGCUACAAAUGUAGUACUCCAAAGCUUCAGGACACUAAUGCUGCUGUGAUGAGCUACUGUUUAGUCUAAUUUUAAAAUUAAAAGUAGAUAUAAUUGUUCCUUCACUUGGUUUAAUUAAUUUCCUGAAGAUUUGCAAUUUUUUAUUGUAUUUAUGGUUGAUUCAAGUGUACAUUCAAGAUUAAACUUGAAAAGAUGUUUGCCUUGUUAGUUACACCUGUAUUUAAGCAAGGUGUCUACUGUAAAGCUGUGUUUUCUUCAUCUGGCUUCUUACAAAUCUGACCUCAAUGAGGUGCUAGCUGUGCAAUAAGUUUCACUCUGGACUUGAAAUUAGUAACUGCUGUUCACUUUUGCCACCAAGUACCUUUUUGUUUUAUUAAAUAAUCAUUAACUGUUCCUUUUUUUAAGGGAUAACUGUACAGUUAGAUACUAUAAUACAAUGGACAAUUUGGCCCCAAAAAUGAUAAUUAUAUUAAUUAUUCUUGUGUGUACUUCAUAGCUUUAAGGACAAAUAAGACACUAAAAUCUAAUAAAACUAAAGUUGUUAAGGGGAAGUUAUGAAUAGAUGCACUAACUGUUCCAGGCUGUACUGUGAGCUUUAUUCCACAUGUGAGCGUGUAAACUUUACAGUGUGUGCAGGGUCACAGCAACACCUGGAAUGGAUGUGCAAAGGGAUCCCUGUUGGAAAUGUCCUCUCAGCACUUUUUGUGACUUAUUGCCCCCUUCACACCAUUGAUUUUUGUCAUAUCUUUCUAUGCUCCUGGUGUUUUAUAGAAUGCAUUUUGAAUUCUAUAGUAACCUGUUCCCAAAAGGAUGUGUCACAGUUGUUCUUGUAAUACAGGAAUAUUAUGAGAAUUCAUUAUUCAUGAAACCAAACACUCGUACAUGAAUUCCAAUGUAAACCUGUCAGUAAAUGACCUAUUGACUUAUUUUAGUUUCUUCUCAUUUCUUUCUUUUUUUUUUUUUUUUUUUUGGAUUGCAGUCAAACUGAUAUUCACUGUUGGAUGAGAAACUUGUUCGUAAAAAGUGUUAGGCUGUGGUAUUAAACCCUGAUGUGUGUUUUGUUCAGGAGUCACCAGGGUUUUGGAUUUCUCAAACAAUUUUUUUUUUUUUUUCUAAUGUUAAUUUUAUAUUCUCUGAUUUUUAGAUACUAACCAAUUUAUGAUAAAUGCAUUUGUAAAUGGAAAGCAAUUAAAAGGGACAUGUUUACCUUUGUCACUUGGGAUGCAUGAGGGAAGAUUUAUAAAGCAAAAAUUAAUAAAGAUUAUUUAUUUUGCAUACA